AUGUUCUUGUCCCCCGAACAGUUCGUAAGACUCACCGAGUAUGCGUCAUGUAAGUCCUGAGGUAAAACGCGUUAGUCAUUUAUCUCUGAAGUCUUACUUAAAAAAACAGUAAGCCUUAAUUUAAUUCUAGAUUCAAGUCACAAACUGGUGGAUAUGCUUCCAGAGUUCCAGCCAGACGGAAUGUUCUUCAAAUAUCUUUCUGAUGAUCUUCAGGUAGGUCGUCCUCUUACAUAAAGUUGUCGAUUUAGACCAUUGACUUUGCUGGAUUUGUUCAAUUCAUCAACUGCUAUUUCGGCGCUGAACUUCCCUUAGAUCUAACUCAACAAUUCUUCCUGUCAUUUGUUCAAGGAAGUGAGCAAGGCAAGAAUUUUGUACUAUUCCAAUCACAUUACAGAUGUAAAAGCGAACCAACAGACAUUUCGGAGGCCAUCUUUUAUGACUCAUAAGCUGAGUACAGUAGCCAGUCCUUCCACCUCCAAUAAUCGAAAGAAAUCCACCAUACAAACACAAAAUAAUGUGCAGACUGUAAGGUCAUCCACUUGAUCUGAUCAUUUUUAGUUUAAUAUUGAUGCCUCUAAAAGGGUUCCAUUAAAACCAUUGGUAUGCUAUCUUUCCUUAUUGGAAGGGGCACCUCCCGAAGAUAAACUCGAGUUUGUUUUCCAUGUAUAUGACUCGGAUGACAAUGGAUUCUUGGAUAAUAAGGCAAGUGGAUCAUCAGAUCAAACAAAAAAUAAGUAAAUAGGGUUUAACAGGAUUGUUUCAGGAGAUGGAAGGGAUAAUCGAACAGAUGAUGAAUGUGGCCAGAUAUCAGCAAUGGGAUACGAUUGAAUUGGAACCGGUAAACCAUAAAACCAGAGAAUUUAUUUUAGAUCUUACGUCAAAUGAUGCACGAAAUCGAUUAUGACAAUGAUGGAAUCGUUUCCUUAGAAGGUGAGGUGCCAAUAAUAAGAAUAAUUACAAUUUCAGAAUGGAAACGCGGAGGUCUUACAACAAUCCCCUUACUAGUACUCUUAGGAAUUGAUACGGUAAGUGCUGAUUAGGUCGGUAACCCUGGAAAGAAUUACUCAGAACUUGUUUUCUACUCCUUUUCUUCCUUCGACGUCUUUAAGAAGAACGUCGACGGAUGGAACUGUUCGCCCAACUAAUCAAAACAUUUGUCUGAUUUCAAUUCCUUUUCAAUUAAGCGGAACUAAAACACAUUUAAAUACGUUUCAGGAGAUGAAAGAAGAUGGAUGCCAUAUUUGGAGACUCCGCCAUUUCAGUAAACCCACUUACUGUAAUGUUUGUUUGAACGUGUUGGUCGGAUGGGGAGGGAAACAAGGGCUAGCAUGUUCCUGUAAGUUUCCUUUUUACUAAAAAUAUUGUUCCCGGAAACAAGCUAAUAAAAAUAAUUUUUAGUAUGUAAAUAUACUGUACACGAAAGAUGCGUCCGAUCAGCCCAGAAUUCCUGUAUUCACACCUACAAUUCGAAUCCAUCAAAGGAACAGAUUAUGGCCCAUCAUUGGAUCGAAUCAAACAGUGCUGCCAAAUGUGUGAGAUGCAAAAGUACAGUAUCCAUAUUUCAAGGGAAACGGUGUAGAUGGUGUAAGAACGUGGUAAGGCCAUUUUUUUAUUUCAUCCAGAGUUUAGUUACAUAACAAAUGUCUGGACCAAUGGCCUAAGGAAUGUGAUUUUGGAGCACUCUCAUACCACGUCCUGCCACCGGUCAAUAUCAUCCCUACUUUCUUGGACAGAUCCCAACAACAGAAUCAUGGCCAUUUAUUACAAUUGACUCCUCCCAAAGGGAAUAAAAGACCGUUGUUGGUGCUAAUUAAUCCAAAAAGUGGAGGAAGGCAAGGAGAGAGGAUAUACAGGAAAUUACAGUAUCUCCUGAAUCCACGACAAGUCUACGAUCUCUGCAAAGACGGCCCCGAAGUGGGGUGAGUCGUCUUAAAGGUUUAAUUUAACUCAUCUUUAGUCUGAAUCUGUUCAAAUCCAUCAAAAAUGUUAAUAUCCUUGUAUGUGGAGGAGACGGAACAGUAGGCUGGGUUCUUGAGAAGAUGGGUAGGUUGAUACUCACUAAUUCAAAAAGUCACAGAUAAAAUUGACUACGGGGAUAACCGUCCACCAGUGGCCGUUCUUCCUCUGGGAACAGGAAACGAUCUGGCACGUUGUCUAAAGUGGGGAGGCGGUUACGAGAAUGAACCUCUUCUCAAGAUUCUACAGAGUAUAGAAAAAUCAACUCAGGUAAAUUAAUCAAUAACUGAAUGAACCAAGGUUUAGGUAAUGAUGGACAGAUGGCAGAUUACAAUAGAACAGACAAAGAAAUGCGAGAAGGGAGAUCCACAACCUUAUCAUAUCAUUAACAAUUAUUUUUCGAUUGGAGUUGUAAGUAGAAAUGGCGAUUAAUUAAUGUGAAGUAGGACGCUUCAAUUGCUCAUCGAUUUCACGUGAUGAGAGAGAAAUACCCCGAAAAAUUCAACAGUAGGAUGAGAAAUAAGCUAUGGUAUUUUGAAUUGGGGACCAGUGAGACUUUGUCCAGCACAUGCAAGAAACUGCACGAACAAAUUGAUAUACUGGUAGGUCCAUUUGGACAUCCCAAUUUAAAAUUUCAGUGUGACGGAGAGACAAUUGAUCUUGGAAAUGGCCCUAAUUUGGAAGGAAUCGCCCUACUUAACAUUGCCUCAAUUUAUGGAGGAAGUAAUCUCUGGGGAAGCAGUAGAAAACCUUCAUCUUGGCAUAUUCCUUUCCUCUUUCCCAAGAUCGUGAGUAGUUCAGCUCAACUCCAAAACCGAGUGCAGGACAUCGGCGACAAAUUAGUUGAAGUAGUUGGUUUAGAAUCGGCCAUUCAGAUGGGGCAGAUAAAAGCAGGCGUGAGAGGCGCGGCGAGAAGACUAUCACAAUGCUCUACCGUGGUUAUACAGUAGGCCUCCAUCCUAUGUACAAUAUAAUAUUCAGAACUCAUAAACCAUUCCCCAUGCAAAUUGAUGGAGAACCUUGGAUGCAGCCCCCUUGCAUUAUUCAGAUCAUUCACAAAAAUCAGGUGCCCAUGUUGGUUGGGACGUCAGGUAAGAAAAUAUAUAAGGAAACAAAGAUUUCCAGGAAAACGAAAGAAGAGCUCGUGGAAUAUAUUAAAACGUCAACCAACGGAUGAUAGUUAA